GUCUAUUUAAGUACCUCUUACUGAUGCUGACUCCCCCUCCAAUUUUUCAGUACCCGCUCUUGGUUUGCACAGGAGCUGCCCUGAACUGUAUGAAAAACAUUCAUAGCUUGCCAACAAACAAGUACUGAGGAACGAUUGGGAAUGCAAGCCCUUCAACUGUGACCAGCAAUAAAAAGAAUAUAUUGAUGAUGGGCAGCAAUGAGACCAAAUGAAGGUGGGACAGGAGGCUUUAAAUGUACAGGAACCUGGUCGGAAUGCACACAAGCUCUACCAGUACAGCUGACACAGCAGGAAAGAAGCAUUUCUUUCAUGACUUGGUAUCUGAAUGGAUGAAGAAUGAAGAAGCUCCAGAAAUCUUAAGACCGAAGCCAAAUGUUUUAGAAUCCCAAAGGAGAGUAGAAUUGAAUGUGUGUGUGUCAGUAAGACAGAUUCUGGUGAGCAGCCCAGUAUUAUGGACUUUUUGGAUAACUGGGGUACAGCAAAAACAAGGAUCAUGCAAGGACGUUCUAAGCACGUCGAUGGUUUUAGUGACACGUCGAGCGCUGGAAGCAUUUUGGAUGAGACAGACAGAGAAGUAAGUAGACUUACAGAGCGUGCUUUUAAGAGCUUGUGUGUUGCAGAAGGAGGAAUCUGUAAUGAUGUGGAUAUUCCCAGCUCACCGUCGGCUGUCAGUGUGAGUCAGACAAGUGACCUGCCAAGUUCAGACAAGGCCAAGCAUUGUACGGGUGUAUUGCAACACUGUAAUAAAUCAUCGAAGAUAAUCCAAAAACAACCAAAAGAAUUACCUGACACAUUCCAGGAAUCAACAGUCCAGUGUUCUGUCGAAAAAAACGAUGCUAAACGUGGCUCAGUAACUGGCUUCUCAAGCGAAACUGUUGGAUCAAGCCAGCAUUCGGCCAAGCAAAAGUCAAAACUCUCUUCCCUGAUCGAAGCUUUUGAUCAAAGUGAUAAUGAUUUCCCAGGAGAUAUCACGGCGAGUGCAAAACAAGAUACUGUGAGUGGACAUCCUGAAUUACCAGGGGACAGUGAUAAUAAGGACAUUGCACAAUGGGACUCUUCAGCUAUCAUCAACUUGCACAAAGAGAAAUCUAGUUUUUCUGUAGCUUGUCAAGAAAAGUAUUGGGCAAAUAAGAAGCAAAUUCUACCAGGAAAAGGCAACAAAAACAAUCCUUUGAGCUACAUGAAAACUGCACAGUACAGAAAGCAAGGCCACUUCACUGAUGUGGCAAUUCCCAAUCUUUCGAAUAAAAAGGCAGACAAAGGUUUAUCUGAAGUAGUCAGCAAAGUGAAGAAACCCGAUCCAAAGAGCAACUUCCUGCACAGUGAGUGCAGUGCAUUCAAAUCCUGGCAUGAUCACAGUAAGUUUCUGUUUGAAGAGGAUGAUCAUAUUGAGAAACUUACUGUUAACCUUCAGUCCAGUGCACAAAUACAAAACCUGUGCGCUGGCAAUACGUUCAGUUGUAGAAAGGUGUGUUCAUUGGGAACAGUGCAAUCUCCAAAUGAAGUCAAAGCUCAGAGAGCGGUGAACUGUUCACCCAGCAGCAAGGAUUCAGACUUUCAUUCAGUUCCGUCUGAGUGUAGUGUCAAAGGGAAUGCAAAGCAACGCCACAGUUUGCAGGUAGUUGGACCCAAAAAGACUAGUGGUGGUGCCACAGAAAAUGGGGACGAGGGAAAGGGGUUUCAGCUGUGGAGAAGCUCGAGGAAUCCACGCCAUAAUAGGCAAAUGGAUACAGAGCUUGUGAGUGGAGAAGUGAGCUCUACAGAAUGCCACCCUGCAGCUGACCUUACAACACACACUGAACAACUUCCUCGGGAAGAGAGUCCCUCCUUCAGCAUUUCAAAGCUUCUCACACCAAAUAUUGUCCACAAUGCAAAUGAGACGGACAGGUCAACAAUUGUAGUGACACCUCCCGGCAUUCAGUUUCCUGUGGGUCAGGGAGAUGAAGCUAAAGGAAGUGCUGAUUACCACUUGCGUGAGAAUUAUAAAUCCAAGGCAUCAAGCCUGCUUUAUAACCUCAAAGACGUCAGAAAACGAGUGAAAUCCACCUACUCUAAUGCUGGUGCAAGUCAGAGCCUUUCUGAGCAAAGCAAGAACAAGGAUUAUAUUUACCAAAACAUAUACCGAGCCAGUGAAAGAACAUCUUCCGCACCUUUAAGACUAGACAUUAAGGAAAACCACAUGGGGGAUUCCAAUGAAGAGGAAAAACAAGAUAAAAUGCCUAAUGCCAAAAACGUGACUGCUACGUCUGGGCAUCUCGGUAAAGCUACAGUUAUCCAUAAAGCCGAGCCAGACUCGUGGAAAAAUGACGAUUAUCUUAACUUAAGGUCACCACAAACAGUUAAAGAGGCCAGAACUCAUCCCAGUUGGCGAACAAGAAAUGCAAGGCCUCGAUCGGCGAUGAUAACGACAGAAAUUCACGCAGAGAGAAGCUCGGACAAAAAGUGUACGUACCAGCCGAAUAUGCUCAUUGACAAGAAGGAAACGAGUUGCCCUCCCACAACCUUCCAGAAAAAAUCAGCGUUGGCAAGAGAAAGCCCAGAGGAAACACAGGCGAUGCCAGAAAAGGCAGGCGAAACGCAAAACAGAUUCCAUCACAGCAGAAAACCAGAGUGUUCCUCAUCCAGCCACAGGGGCAGAGCUAGCUAUCCAACUGAAAAUCAUUUCAGAAAGCAAGAUGACAAGUUGGCAUUGCAAAAAGCAGAAGACAUCUGUCGGCCAGUGUUGGAAGCGAAUGUGGCCAACAAUUGGAUAUCUUCCCAUUCUGCCAAAGAGAAAGCCACACAGGACAUAAAAUCGCCGAACCAGUCCUAUUUUGUCCUAGGUGAUGACCGCUAUCAAGAUACGCAACGUAUGAUGGUUGAUCUAAUGGCUGAAAGGGGCGACAAUGCCAAGAGGAGUUGUUCGAAUAGUUGGCCUGCAGCUGACGAGGGCAAAGAUACUGAAAAGAAUGACUUGCAAUAUUAUGCCCUCAGUGACUGGGCAUCCAAUUCUGGGAGGAAAGCCGAGAAUCAAAGCUCUCUUCCAGAAUAUCAAAGUCACCUACAAGAGAAAAUGGCAAGAGAUUUACCGGGGCAUAGAACGAAAGACAGUAGUCCCUUGGAGAUGUCGUGCGAAGAAAAGUUCUACAAUUUUUCAAAGCAAGAAGUACGAGGGAGUACAAACUCACCGAGGCCUAGUUUCUUUAAAAUCAAAGACAAUGUGUCGAAAACAUCCCCAGUAACUAAAGGGGUGAGGCCAACUGUCCCUGAGUCGGUUCCUGAGGACCUACAGGCCAAUACCGUCAAGGAAGCACCAAACCUGUUUCUGCCAGAAGGAAAUCCAGAGGGUGACAAACGUGAGAUUUCUGUGGAAAGAUCAGCAGCAAUGUAUUCCCGGCCGGAGUCAGCAUGUAGUAUAGAUUCAAAAACAGCGGGCAAACCGCCCGUUGUACCUCCAAAGUCUGAAAAAGCAAUACGCCGAGCCAAGAAGCUGACCACCAGGAGAAAAAAGGCUGAUGCCAGGCAGAAGACGCCAAGCGUUGACGACGCAGAAACCAAAGCGACUAUCUCCACUGUACCAGUGUCUCCCCCACGCGUCCCCAUAUCACAAACGCCCGCGGUUUGUUCUCCAGAACCGACACAGCCAGUAGAUUCAUGUGUAAUUCCAGCAGUACCCAACAUCAUGGCAUUAAAUAGCGUGCAGCCCAUUGCAUCCGUACAUUCAUUUCCACUAAGCCAACGGAAAUUGCUUCAAGAUCCUGAAUCUGGCCAAUAUUUUUUUGUAGAUAUCCCAAUUCAAGUGCAGGCAAAGACACUGUACGACCCAGAAACUGACAGAUAUUUCCAGGUGUCCAUACCCUCAACAGGUCAAAAUACAUCGCUAGAUUUUUUUAAUAAUUCCUACGUGUUAUAUCCUGGAUUUCUAUCUUUUCCUUUAACUUCUGUAUCAUCCAUCAGGUCUCCAUCUCAAAUGUCAGCACCUGCAAUUCUCCUGGAUGUGCAAGACAAGGAGAAACCUUUACAUGAAUGGGUGAACACUGACUUGGGGCACACAGGGGUUCAGGGAAAUGAGCCAUAUAUUGAAACACUUUUUGAUUCUCACACUGGAUGCAGAGUAGAUAUGGAAGAUGUGACUUGGUGCAGUGCAAUGAGCAGUCAGUUGCAACCAGAGGGCCAUAAUUUGGACUUAAUUGUCAUGGGGGAACUGGAGGAUAUUGCCAUAGAAAACAAUUAGCAAAAGGUAACAAAGGCUGUGAUAAUACCAUCGUGAAGGAAUCUCAGCCUUUUAAAGACUAUGUUCCUGUCUGCAGGAUAACUCAGAAAUGACAUCUUGAGUUGUUCAUACAUGUUACUGCUUUGUAAGGUGGUUCAUAAUUAUUCAAACGUUAAACUAGAUACGGUGUCAGAAAUUGGAAAAUCAAAUAAAGAAGCAA